GAAGACCUGCAUGGUCACCCUGAUCACCAACCCAAACAACUUUUUUUUCCUCCUGUCCCGGCCCCUCCUCCCUUUCCUUCUGGCAAUCCUAGUGGUUCCCUAGGGCGCAAUGCUCCCUUCCAUCUUGAGUGGUAGCUCCUUUUCGUUCUCAAGAGGAUCUGUUUCUGUUCCCCGUUUUCCUGUUUUUCCUCAAAAAUCGUCCUCUUGUCGCCUAGCCCGGAUUGUGCAAAAUGGACCCGAAGGAGAGCUUGCUUUCGCGGGCACAAAUCGCACUCCAGCCCACAAGCAAAAUGGCGGCUGUUUGGCUUCGCCCUGGUAACCCUGCCCCUGCCAGGCGGGACGGGUGAACCCCGUGCAGUGGGAGGAAGGGAGGGGGAGAACCGACGCCAUUUUCCCAGAGAGAGAGGCAGUGACAUAGGAGGGAGCGUAGGCGGCUGCGAGGAGGGAGACACGGGAGCAGGAGCAGGAGCGGCGGCCGCGGCAGCAGUGGCAGUUGGGGGAUUGUGCAGAAAUCCCAAGGAGAAGGCGCCUCUCAGCUAGUCCUCGCGGGGCUCUGUGCGGCGAAUAACCUUCGGGUCCUCACCACUGACCCUCCCCCCUUCCCCCCGGGCUGCUGAGGGCUACGUCCUGCUCAGACAAGGGACAUCCGCAGUGGGACUGUUGCAUUGUUUUGGUUGGGAUAAGAGAGGGGCUCAGUUAAGGGGGUGCUGCUGCCUGGCCUGUGAUCAUUACAGAGUUUUUGGAUGCACUUAGAUGUUUGCAAUGAGCACUGUGGCUGGCAUGCCCCAGUGUUUUGGAUACCGAUGCAUAGAACUCCAUAGUAAUCGAAUUUAUCAGAAACGAACGUCAUGAGCAUAGUGGUCCCAUUGGGGGUUGACACAGCAGAAACUUCAUAUUUGGAAAUGGCUGCAGGCUCAGAACCUGAAUCUGUAGAAGCUAGCCCUGUGGUAGUUGAGAAGUCAAACAGUUAUCCGCACCAGCUAUAUAACAGCAGCUCUCAUUCACACAGUUACAUUGGUUUGCCUUAUGCGGACCAUAACUAUGGCGCUCGCCCUCCUCCAACACCUCCAGCUUCUCCUCCUCCAUCAGUUCUGAUAAGCAAGAAUGAAGUAGGCAUAUAUUCUGCUCCCAAUUUCGAUGAGACCUCCAGUGCUACUACUAUCAGCACAUCUGAGGAUGGAAGCUAUGGAACUGAUAUAACCAGGUGCAUUUGUGGAUUUACACAUGAUGAUGGAUAUAUGAUCUGCUGUGACAAAUGCAGUGUUUGGCAGCACAUUGACUGCAUGGGGAUCGAUAGGCAGCAUAUUCCUGACAUAUACCUGUGUGAGCGUUGUCAACCUAGGAGUUUAGAUAAAGAGAGGGCAAUGUUGCUACAGCGUAGAAAAAGGGAAAAUAUGUCAGGUGUUCACAUGUUGUCAUCCGCUUUUAUAUUGAAAUCACGUGGACCAGUGGCAGGGGAAAAUGAUGGGGACACCAGUGCAACAGAAAGUGGUGAUGAGGUACCUGUAGAACUCUAUACUGCUUUUCAACACACACCAACUACAAUUACUCUGACUGCUACACGAGUUACCAAGGUCACUGAGAAGAAGCGGAAAAAAAGUGGUGAGAAAGAACAAAACAUCGCAAAAUGUAAAAAGGCUUUUCGUGAAGGUUCUAGAAAAUCUUCAAGAGUUAAGAAAAAAAUAAUAAUUCUGACUUCUGAUGUUUUGAAGAAAGAGGAGGCUCAAGGAGAGGGCUCAGCUCCAGAGAUUGAUCCUUCUGACAGUUCAAGUUUUGGAUGGGAAACUAAAAUCAAGGCGUGGAUGGAUCGUUAUGAAGAAGCAAACAACAACCAAUACAGCGAAGGUGUCCAGAGGGAAGCACAAAGAAUAGCUUUGAGAUUAGGAAAUGGAGAUGAUAAAAAAGAAGUUAUCACAAAUACUAUCUUCAAACCUCCAGUAGAGAGCUAUAUUCAAAAAAAUAAGAAAAUCCUAAAAGCUGCCAAAGACUUGCCUCCAGAUGCACUUAUUAUUGAAUAUCGAGGAAAGUUCAUGCUGAGAGAACAAUUUGAAGCUAAUGGAUAUUUCUUUAAGAGGCCAUACCCCUUUGUUCUCUUCUAUUCAAAAUUCCAUGGACUAGAAAUGUGUGUGGAUGCGAGAACCUUUGGUAAUGAAGCUCGAUUUAUCAGACGUUCCUGUACACCCAAUGCUGAGGUUAGACAUGCCAUUGAAGAUGGAACCAUUCAUCUUUAUAUCUACUCGAUCCAAAACAUUCCAAAAGGAACAGAAAUAACCAUUGCAUUUGAUUUUGAUUAUGGAAAUUGCAAAUACAAAGUGGACUGUGCUUGCCUGAAAGAAAAUCCUGAAUGCCCAGUUCUUAAACGAGCCUCUGAACCUACAGAAAACAUAAAUACGGGCUAUGAAACUAGAAGGAAAAAGGGCAAAAAGGAAAGGGAUGCUUCAAAAGAGAAAGAAACACAAAAUCAGAACAUCACCUUGGACUGUGAAGGAGCAACCACCAAAACGAAGUUUCCAGACAACAGACAGAGAAAGCUUUCGCCCCUUAGGCUAUCAAUCUCAAAUAAUCAGGAGCCAGAUUUUAUUGAGGAUAUAGAAGAAAAAACUCCUAUUAGCAAUGAAGUAGAAAUGGAAUCAGAGGAGCAGAUUGCAGAAAGGAAAAGGAAGAUGACCAGGGAAGAACGGAAAAUGGAAGCCAUCCUUCAAGCUUUUGCCAGGUUAGAAAAAAGAGAAAAAAGAAGAGAGCAGGCUUUGGAAAGAAUCAGCACAGCUAAAACUGAAGUUAAAUCUGAAUGCAAGGAUGUACAGAUUGUCAAUGACACAGAAUAUGUUCAGGAACCAGCAAAAGAGGAAUCUGCCAGCAAGCCAACCCCUGCCAAAGUCAAUAGGACAAAACAGAGAAAAAGCUUCUCUCGGAGCAGAACUCAUAUUGGACAGCAGCGGAGACGGCAUAGAACUGUUAGCAUGUGUUCAGAUAUCCAGCCAUCCUCUCCUGAUGUGGAAGUUAAUUUGCAGCACAAUGAGUCUGAAAACACUGCACUUUCAGUUGAGCCUGAAACAGAGACAACUGUUGCUGAAAUAGUUACUGAACCGGAAGCCCCAGCACUUAAUAAAUGCCCUACUAAAUACCCUAAAACAAAAAAGCACUUGGUGAGUGAGUGGCUAAGUGAGAAAAAUGAGAAGUCAGGAAAACCUACAGACAUCCUCUCAGAAAAGCCUCUGCGUAUAACAACAGAUCCUGAAGUUUUGGCAACGCAGCUGAAUUCUUUACCAGGUCUCACUUACAGUCCACAUGUAUAUACUACUCCGAAGCACUAUAUUCGUUUUACAUCUCCAUUCCUUUCCGAAAAAAAGAGGAGAAAGGAACCUGUGGAUAACAUUAUUGGCUCUUGCAAGAAGCGUUGGUUGAAGCAAGCUUUGGAAGAAGAAAACUCAGCAGUUGUAGAUAGGUUUGAUUCGCCAUCUCAUGAAAGAUCUAGAAGUCCUGCAAUCAGUGGUGAAAGUAGAAGCCCAUUAUUAUUGAAUGAUAGCUGUUUCUUACCAGACCUCACUACACCACUAAAAAAACGAAGACUAUAUCAGCUGUUGGAUUCUGCCUAUUCAGAAACCUCGACACCUACUCCUUCUCCAUAUGCCACACCAACCCAUGCUGAUCUCUCUGCCUCAGAUCCUUUGUUGUUUGCUACUCCUCCGAGAAUUAAAGCAGAAGAUGAAACCUGUAGGAAUGGCUACAAAACCAUUUACUCACCUGUUACUCCAGUGAUUCCAUGUUUACAUGGAAAUGCAAUGCACUUUGAGAAUAUUUCUUCACCUGAAAGCUCCCCAGAAGUUAAGAGGCGAACGUAUAAUCAAGAGGGAUAUGACCGGUCACCAUCAGCAGUGCUAGCACUCAACUCCUUCAGAAAUUCCAAUCUAGCAGAAAUGUGCCUGCAAGAAAUAAAGACUAUUGGAUAUUCCAGUCCAAGGAGUAGGACCGAUGGUACCAGGCAGUGCUCUGGAGAAAAGGAAGCAGCCUCAGACCUCCAGUUGGGACUCGAAGCAAUUGAGCAAAGUGCACUGCAUAAACCCUCGGAUGCCCCCUGUCAUGAUAGGACUGAUUCAAACAGCCAACUAGAAACUGCUCACUGCGGACGGGGAACUGUUUACUCUACCUGGGUAAAGAGUCCCGACAGGACAGGUGUAAACUUCUCAAUGAAUUCUAAUUUGAGGGACUUAACUCCUUCACACCAGUUGGAGGUAGGAGGUGGAUUCCGGAUAAGCGAGUCAAAGUGCCUGAUUCCUGAUGAUGCUCGAGGCAUGUUCAUGGAUGCGCCUGUUUUUUGUUCUUCUGAAGAUGGACUUUCAGCUGGCUUUGGAAGGACUCUCAAUAGUGAUAACUUGAUGGAUGGAAAUUGCACACCCCAGAAUCCACCACAAAAGAAAAAGGUAUCGCUUCUAGAAUAUCGUAAGAGGCAACGAGAAGCCAGAAAAAGUGGCUCUAAGGCAGAAAGCUUUUCCCUUGUUACAAUGUCACCCCACACAGCUAGCGGGGGAAACAGUGGUGCUGCUGAUGGGUAUAACAGCAGUGAAAGUGGGGAGCAAGCAGAGAGGGAGCACACAACUAGCCUGCCUUUACCAGGGCCAGUUGCUGAUUAUAGCGCCGCUUCAGAAGAACCUGAAAACUCCUCUUCAUCAAAAGAAGUUUCCAGCGAGAAGAAUGAUCCAGAGGUUCAAUGGACUGCUUCAACUUCAGUGGAGCAAGUGAGGGAGCGCAGUUAUCAGCGAGCUUUGCUUCUUAGUGACCAUAGGAAAGACAAGGACUGUGAUCCUGAUCCUGAAAAUCCUGAGCCCACAAGUGAAUGUCUGUCCCCUGAUACUUCUCUGAAGACUUGCAAAAGUCCUUUAAAAGUGAGCAAGCCUUCUUCACCAAGUCCUGCAGUUCCUGCUCAAUCUCUUGGGAAAACGCCCACAAAACAGGAAUCCCAGUGGGAGUCUGCAGGAGAUACGCCAGAGGCCGAGCACAUGACUCACCCCAAACCUGACCAGCAGCAGAAACCGCUGACAAACAACAUUGAAGCACUUUCAAAAAACCAUCAAUCCCAGCCCCAUUUGCGUAAUGCAGGAGAACAACUCUCUCAUUUGCAAAAGAUGCCUUCUACACCAUUGAAGCUACACUGUCCCCCUUCCCCUCACGUAGAAAAUCCUCCAAAGUCAUCUACUCCCCACACACCUGUACAGCAUGGCUACCUGUCACCAAAACCUCAUUCACAACAGUUAGGAUCACCAUACAGACCUCAUCAUCCUCAGUCACCUCAAGUUGGAACACCUCAAAGAGACUCUCAUAGAAAUUUUUAUGCAGCAACACAGAACCUUCAGCCUAGUACCCAGCAACAGCCUAGUGGAACACUGUUUCCCCAAACAGCUUCGGUAUCUUAUAAUCAGUUUCACCAACAAAAUUUGACCACUACAGCUCCGCCCCCACCCCCGCCCCCUUCCUCUACCUACUAUCAAAACCAGCAGCCCCCCUCAGGAAACUUCCAAAAUUACAGUCAGUUGAAAAGUAGCAUACCGCCACAGCAAACUGUAUUUCCCUCUGGACCAAAUCAAGCGCUUGUUGGUACAACAUGCCAGCAGACCGUUUCAGGGCACCAUGUUACUAGUGGGCAUUUUUUGCCAUCUCAGACUCCCAGUAUUCACCACCAGACUCCAGCAGUUGUUGCUGCUGCUGCUCCUCCUCCACCACCACCGCCUCCUGCUCCAGGACCUCAUCUUGUGCAGCAGCAGCAGCAAACUUCUCAUCAGCAGCAUGCCGUGGCACAUGUCGUAGGUCCAGUGCAUGCAGUAGCAGUGGCCCCUGGGUCACACAUCCAUUCUCAAGCUGCUGGUCAUCAUCUACCACCACCACCACCUCCUCCUGGUCCCCUUCCUCACCACCAUCCUGCUCACCCCACAACAGCUCACCAAGGUUUGCAAGCACAACACCAGCAUGUAGUAAAUUCAGCGCCGCCGCCGCCACCACCUCCACCACCCACCACCGUUUUAGGCUCUGGGCAUCACACAACAUCAGCGCAAGGACUGCAUCAUCCAUCUCAUCAAGGGCCCCCACUUUUCCCUUCAAGUGCUCACUCAGCAGUUUCUUCCUACCCAUCACAACCUCCACACCACACCCCUUUGGGACCUGGACCUCAGCAUCAGCCUGCUGCAACAGGACCUCAUUGUCCACUCCCAGGUCAGGGUCCUCACAUCCAGCCUCAAGGACCAAACAGUAUUCCAACACCUACAGCUUCAGGGUUCUGUCCUCAUCCUGGCUCUGUAUCCCUUCCUCAUGGGGUGCAAGGACCUCAGCAGGCAUCUCCAGUGCCUGGUCAAAUACCUAUUCACAGAGCACAGGUGCCACCAACGUUUCAAAACAAUUAUCAUGGGUCAGGGUGGCAUUAAAAUGGACCCCUUGCUUCUAAACAUUUUAAAAAUGUUCUGUAAAAACUGUAUAUUUCAUAUGUACCUGUUCAAGGUACUUUUUAAAGCUUGUACAUGAUACUUUGUAUAAAAGCAAACACCAGUGCGCGCGCUCUCUCUCUCUCUCUCAUUGGUUUCUUUCAAAUUUUGCUUUUAAAAAUUCCUGAAACUGUGCUGUUGAGCCAGUAUUAGGUAUUUUUUAUUUUGUACGUGAACAUUCCAGCUGUUUGUUCUGGCAGUAGAUUUGAUGCUGCAUAACUUUAAAUUUUAUUGUUGCAGUUAAAUUCAUUUAGUUAAUGUUUUCUGUAUUUACUUUUUAUACAUAUGUAAUUAAAAUAAGUACACAGCUAAGUGAUGGCACUAACAGGUUUUUCAUCUUCUGUCAACAGUUUGUGUGCAUAUAGAUAGAAAAUGCAAUACAGAUUUUUAUAGUUUGAUGUGGACAUGGCUCUUAUUUCAACAGUUAUUUGCAGACAUUGUAAUUUAAUGUAUAGAUUGUUUCUAAUGUCUCUGACAGGUGCUGUAAAUACUGUUUCUUUUGCGUGUAAAACUGCUUAAUGCUUCUCCUCAUUUGAUAUAGUAUUGUACAUACAAGUCUUUUGCAAAAGCGUGUGGUUUGUGGAAGUAGUACAGUAUAUGAACUUUAAUUUUUUUUAAUAUACUGUCACAUUGCAGCACUGGUUGGGCAUUUUAAUUCAUGUUAAUAAAUCACAAUUAUGUCAGUUUUAACAA